CUCAGAUCAACCCGGGACCAGUAAACUUGCCGAUAGUUAGUUUUCAUUCGCAAAUUUUCUAUCGAUAAAUUUUUUCGUCUCGGUCGUGAUAAUAUAUACACACACACAUAAUAGUAAUUGUUGUUAUAUAUAUUAUAGACGACGACGGUCGAUUUUUCGCGUCUCCUAUAUUUUGUGUUGUCCACGCUGUCCGCGCGAAUACGCAGACAGAUAUUUUCGUGUUGUUUUAGACCGGUAGAGAAUUUUUUUUUUUCUAUCGCUUCUAUACGACACAUAGACAUUUUCUCGCGUAUUCCCCCUGCACUGCCCGUGUACACCGCGGUAUAACAUCGUACCUGCGAGAUAUUUCAUAGCCCACGGAUCGUAGUCUCGAUCGUCGAUUCCGCUAAAACGCCACGACGACUGCUACGCGGCCGACAACAUGAAAAUUACAAUGAUUUUCUCGAAGCGGUACCGAUACGGUAAGUGACGUGCGGCAGCACGACGAUCGACGCGUUACGGUGUGUUUUUUCCGGAAACCCAUCGUCGAUGAUCGUUAACAUCGUGAACGACCUAUUGUAUAAUAUUGUAUACCUGUCGUAUAGGUGUAGCAUUGUAUGUGACAUAUUAUGGUUAUUAUAAUAAUAUUAUCACAUAUUUUAUCUGAUAUCGAGAAAAAAAAAAAAACAAACUGUUAUCGCAAACGUGCAUACGACAAGACGUACUUGACCGCGGGACCGUCAUUUGGGGGCAGAGGGGGACAGGAUGUGCGGUUGCGCCCCUUACGUCCAAUACAGCCCCUGUAAAAUGGGCCCGCUGAUGUAUCGCUACGGCCCGUUUAUAUAAUGAAAUAUUAACGUAAUUAAAUCGUGUGUAGUAUAUAGUAACAGUUAGGAUUAUUGUAAUGCAUAUAUAAUUUACUGGCAAUCGUUGCUUAUCACGCUGAACCGCAGGUUAAAUUAUUAUUAUUAACGCGCGAAGCCCGGAAUACAGAACGAAAGAGAAAACAAGUACAAAUGAUAAAAUAUUUGAGCAUUAAUUUUAAUUAGGUUACUAUUGGAAUCGCACGGUUCGUGGUUGAUAUGUGUACAAGCUGAAGUCAAAAAUCGCCAGUAUCGUAGUGCGUAAUAUUUAAAAUAUGAUAUUUAUUUUUUUUUUUAUUUUUUUUUAUUAGAGCGUUUUGCUUGUACUAACGUUAUAGAUAUGAAACAUAAACGACGACUAUAUAAAUAUUAAAUUUCUUUUUUUUGAUGCCUUUUUCAAGCUAUCUAUGCUUCAUAUUCAUUACUUAUUGGUUAUCACAGCUAACGUAAUCAAUAACUAUCUAUUGUCUUUUAGUUUUUAAAUUGAUUUAGCGUCAUUCUGAUUUUAGAUUCCGAGCGAAUGGGGUAAACUAGAGCGUUUUUCGAGAAAACCCAGAACAGACGAGAGUACAAUCAAAUUACGGGGCAAUGGUUUCAUUAUUUAUAAUAUUUAAGAUUAUAUUUUUCUACCAGAAAUUUUUAUCCAAAUUUCAAAAAUAUGCAAUUUUUGAAAUUAAAUUUUGUCGUGUAAAAAGUUCGUUGCUUAGUUUUCCUCAUAAUUACGCAAAACCGGAAUAAAUCGUAGGAAAUACGGCCAAGUAUGUAUCACUUGGGGUGUUUGCUGUUUCUUUGGAAUUUUGAUGAAAGUCGUACAAAUUACGAAAUUUUAAUGUAUCUCUUACCGAACAUCGUUCCGAAUCGUUUUUUGUAAGCAACGGUUUACAGUUGCGUAUACUGAUAUGAAUAAAUAACUUUAUGGAUCUUACCUUCCCGACUUUCCACCCACAACAGUGGCUGCAUCCGUUCCCAGUAUCAACUCAUUUUGUAAUAUGAUUUGAAAUACGAUUAUUAAUCACAAAACCGUGAUUGGAUUCAGAUUUUAUUUUGUCCGGUUUCGGCAAAAAUUCGUUGUCUGUGCAGGAAAUACGAAUAAUAAUAUAAUAUAUAGUAUUACACAAAGCCAUACCUGGACCGAAUUUUCGGAAAAGGUUUUAAAUUGAUUCCCCUAUUGUUUUCGUUUCAAACGUAACACUAUACUAACGUUUAGCUCGAAAAAACGAACAAUACUUUUGACAAAUAAUUCGUAAUAGUUUGAACUACAACUCCCCCUCACAGAUAUACGGCCCUGUAUACGAUAUAUAGGUGUAUAUUUAGUAACGUUCUAAACAUUGGCAAAUCGAUUUUAAAACUAUUAAUCUUUUUGUAUUAUUGCGUAUGCUCACUGCUUGCGUUAUACCCAUUACGAUUUGCUUUAGUUUAGCGAUGUAAUUAUCGAUUGUUCUUUUUCAAUAGUGCCUGUAUUAUUAUUUUAUAGUGUUCCGUAUAUUAUGUACAAGAUGUGUUGUUUAUGCAAUUGAAUAACAUCUGUAUUAUAGUUAACGACACGAAUACCAGUAUAUACCUAUUACACGUAAUAUACAAGUGUUGAACUAUGUUAUAUACUCGUAGAUUAUACCUCCUUGCCUAAUUAUGCAUGCAUACCUAUUCCUGUAAUGUACAAUAAAAUUACUCGUUUUCCUUGUGAAAAAUAAAAUGCUUAUCUGUAACUAAAAACGAAAAAAAUUAUUCGUAUGAAGAAUUACUCAAAUUAAAUAGAUUACGCAACGCAAUAAUGAUUUUAAGAUUCUGAGCUCAGUGAGAACUAUUGGAUUUACCGAUUUUUGAUUAUUUUUCUCCUGUCUUUUAAGAAUUUGUCUACCAGAAAUGUUGCUCCCACAUUUAAAAUGACCAUCUUUUCAGCAAUCAAAUUAUAUCUAGCUUUUCUGUUGAAGAUUUUUGAUUAUUGACUAUUGAAUUUUUGAUUAUCCUUGCGGUUUUCACAAUAAUUGUGAAAUCCCGGGAAAUCGUAUGGAAAAAUUUGGAAAGUUUGUGACAGUAAAAGUUUCAUUAUUUUUGAUUUUUUUUUCUACCGAAAAACUUGUUUCGAAUUUCAAAUGUUGCAUUUUUUUUUGAAAGAGAAUUUUAAAAAUACUAGAAACUUUUAAGUUGUUGAAAUAAAAUAUGUUUGACUUUAUGCUUAGUGUUGGAACUAUCCGGAUACUCGGAUAUUUUAAAACCCGAAUAAAAAUCAAUUCGGAUAUUCGUAUACUAUUCAGAUAUAUUCGAAUAAUCGUAUUACUCGGCUAUAAUCGGGUACUAUACUAUUCGGAUAAUCGUACUAACUAAUCGGAUAUAUUUGGAUAUUGCAUAUGUACUCAUAUCUACUAUUCAGAUAUUUAUAUUAAUCGAAUAUUGAUAAAAUGUAAUCAAGACUAUUUGGGGUAUAAAUGGCUACGCACAUUUUUAAAAUAAAAAUACAUAGGUACUUGGAAAACAUUGAAAGUACAGAAAAUCCGAAUACAAUAAAUAUUAUUCAAAUAUUACGGGAAUGAAUUAUCCGGAUGUAACAAUCCGGUUAUCCGAAUAUUUAAAAAUUCCGAAUAGGUGUAUAUUCCAACAUUACUUUAAGCUUUAAUUAUAAUUUAAUUGCCGUAUUAUAGAAAGAUAAAAACAGCUACUGUUUGUUUUAUCGUAGAAAUUAACGAUUAAUCUAGACCAGAAUUAUACUAAACCUAUCGGCAUAAUAAUAACAAUAAAAAUCCUGUUCAACCUUGUUAAUUUAUGUUAAUUUAUUACUCGUGUUAGCGUUUCAUGUUCUGAUGACCACACAUGCUACACAACACUUGAAUAUUUUCAAGUUGGACGGUGAUUAAAAAAAUUUGUAUGAAACACGUAUUUCGUUUUGGCUCGUAAAUGAUAUACACCAUCGACAUAACAUCGGAAUUUUCGACAAAAAGACUGUAUCGCGAAAAAUAUCUAGUCAAAACGGGGAUUAAAGUAGGAAAAACUUUGAAGGGGACUAUAUUUAUCCAAUCAUUGAGGAGAAUUCCCGGGAAUGUGGAGGAAAUGUUGAAAAUCGAAAACAAAUCAAAAUUCAAGUUUAUCAGGAAUUUCAGGACUGAAAUAUAAAUUAUGUUAAAUGAUUAAAGAUCAACUGAAAAUAAUUUAUUGUACGUCAAUGGUCAGUUGCUACUCAUUUGUUAAAAGUUGACUCUAACGACAUUAAUAUACACUCUUGAUAUGCAUUUAAGAAACUGGGUGCAUCGUGCUAUAAUGCUGCAUUUCAGUCGCAAUUAUUCCAAAGAAUAAAUUAUAAAUAUGUGGCAAGUGGAUAUAUUUACAAUUUUUAUACAUUAAUAUUAAAUAUUAAUAUCGCGUGUGUUUGUUUCCGUUUUAAUAAUUUAAGACGUAGCAAAAUUACAAUUCUAUAAGAGCAUAAAUAGCGAUAUUUAGAUUAACAUUGAAGUUUAAUCAUAAAUAACAAAAUUUAAACGAUUAAAUCUAUUUUAAAAAUUCAAAAACUAACAUGGCAAUAACUUUUUCGUAUACAACAUUUUUUAUAUUUACGUACAGAUCACAGAAAUAUUCAUUUCUUUAAAUUUUGUUACUGCUUAACCUAUAUCCUAAAUACCACAAUUUACGUUCUUAGAAAAAGCGUUACAAACAGACAGACCUUGCAUUUUUAAGAUUUUAUAUGAGGUACAAAUUAUAAUGUACUUAUUUUUGACGAAUGAGAGAUUUAAUGCUACCUGUAAUAAAUUUAAUAAAAUAAAUAAAACACUAAAUAAGUAAAAAAAUGUACGACGCAUUGUAUGUUAUGUUUUUACUAUCUUACAAACGCAUUGCUUUGUAAAAUUAUAUAGGUACCGCGUAGGCAUGUUUUACAUGAAAGCGUAGCUUAUAUUUUAUAUUACGCUCUAGGUUUUAGGACAGUAUUUUUUCUUAUUUUAAAUUGUUCAUUUUUUUAUUACAUGAUUAAGAUUAUGUAACAGUUUUGGAUCUUCAUUAUUAGUAGAGCUGGGCGGGAUUGAACUAGGUCGCCAAGGUCACUAAGGCAAAACACAGUGGACCACUAAUAUUUUGGUUAAAUAAGACUACGAAUGGAUAAAAUUGUAUUUAAAAAUAUGUUUGGGAAAUACACAGAUAUGUUACACUGAAUGCGACAACAUGACCUUGAAUAAUUAUACAAAUCUUUAUAGUAUCCUAGUCGAUUUAAUUUCCUCAUUUGGUGGGUAGUGGUAAAGUUUAAUAAGGUACUACGGAAUUCCUAAAUUAUAGUUUUUAUAUUUUCGCUGUAUAAUUAGUAGAAUUAGACCGAUGCUUGAUAUCGGCUGGUUUUAUGGUUUUUGGUUUUUUUCGAUUAAUAACGGUUAAUUUCAAUAUUAACAUAGUUUUCGAUUUCAAAUAUCCCACGAAGAUCUUUUACACAUUGUAUAAUAACUCUCGAAAUAUUACAAAUAAUCAAAUUCUGUUUUUUUUGUUUUUUUUAUUACUCAUUAGAAUAUUCUGUAAAAAUAUACAUUCAGUAUUAUUAAAUUAAACAAUUUUUUUUUUUUGAGUGACAAAAAAAUAACAAUUUAUUUUUAACACGUUGGGCUACUCCAUCGGGCUUUUUCUGAUGACCUUGCGGACUACAGUCCACUCCAUCCCUGAGAAUAAGUACAUGAGAAGUAGCUUAAGUGGAUUUAGGUAAAGAAUGCUUAGGUGAAUGAGACAAGUGACGAGAGAAGAUAAAAUAAAGAAUGAUUACUAAUAGCUAUCUCUAAUGUACUCAUCGUACGUGUUACUUUUUAUUUAGGCGUGUACUUUGUAGACAAAAUGAGAGAAAAUAGCUUGAGAUGAUUUGGGCAUGUAUGGGAAGAGAGAAAUCNAAAAAGACGGUUUUUAUAGGUAGCAUGUAUCGGACCAUCGGAAAUCGAUAAAAACUAGUAUCGACGCUUUUCUAAUAAUUAGAGUUUUGCGGAAUGUAUUCCAAUCAGGACCUCGCGAAACCUAUUCACAGUCCUGCUUAUUAUUAAUUAUACAUUAAAUAGGAAACUGUUUGUAUAUAUUAUCUAUUACAUCAGGGACACAAAUCAAUAUUGUUUUUUUUUUAUUUUAUUUAAAGUCGACGAUAAUAAUAUGUAUAUAAGAAUCACGGAAUCAUACAAGUAUAAAGUAUAAUAUUAUAUUGUUUAUCACCUUUAAUUCUACCUAGAUUUUUAUUUCCCGAUAUUUGUUGGUAGUUAUAUUAUUAUGAUCGAGUACCAUAUCAUUAUAGGUAGGUGCCGUAUGAUAUAAUAAUAUAUAAUUAUAUAUUUGUAAAACAUUGUAUACAUAGGUGUAUAUUACAGGACUUAAAACAAAAUACUGUAGGUACGUAAUAUAUUUACUCUAUUACUAAUUAGAAAUAUGCAACAAAUUAUAGUUAUAGAAUUGAAAAUUACCUUGAUUUUUACUAUAAGUAUACAUUUUUGUUAAAUAAGGUAUUGAUAGCAAACAUUGCACACAUUUCCGAAUCCCUCCGUCCAGGUUAAAGGCUGUCUAUACCUACUGGAAUAAUCCAAAUUUCGUUAUUUUUCAUAUAUUUUCUGACAUUACAUACAAAUCAAUCAAAAUUCGGAGUUUUACGCGACAAAGUAACCGUUUUUCUCUUUCAAAAUAAAAAUAUUUAUAUAUUUAUACACAUAUUGAAAUUGGAAUGAUUUGCGAGUGUGUUUACGAGAGUUUUUCCGCGAAGUUAUUUCCUUUUAUAAUAACGGUCGUAUCUCUUGCCCUUGAAUAGUUAUCGAACAGUGGAAAAGUCUUAUCUUUAAAAUAACUACCAAAUUUUAUAAAAUUAGAAAUGACUUCAAAAACUGAUUCCCAAAGCCUGGUGCGGCUAUGCUGGUUUAUUCUAUUAUUUGAAAUAACAACUUCAGGGAGCUAAGCUCUUAACCUCGACCUGCCAUUACACUCUUAAAAGAUUUUUAUUUUAUCUCGUGUGAAUGACCUGAAUUCACGAGUCUGUGUUAGGUACCUAUAUAUCUCUUACUAUUGGCCUCUAAAUUGUACAAUAGGCCAAUUAAUUGGUAUUGUGUUAUAUUAUACUGUGUCUCACGAAGAUAUGCCCGUUGUAAUACCUCCAAAGAUAAUAAAGAUAUUCAAAAUCAAAUUAUUAUUUUUUUUUAUGUUACUCACAAAGAUGACUACAAAUAUUUAUAUUUCAAUCAAUACUUUAUGUUUUGGCAAAAAAAAACUAAAUAAAUAAAUUUUAUUUUAUUAUUUUCGAAAAAUAUUGAAGAUCAUCAUUUUAUAGAUUUUAUUUUUCUUAAAAUGCUGACUUCUCAACUUUUUAUUUCAUUAAAUUUAUGAUUUUAAAUAAUUUUUUAAAGUUAAAAGAAAAUUACCGAUAAUUAUGCAAUAGGCUAUAAUCGAAUUUGCCAAUUGAUUAUUAAUGUUAUGGUUAAUCGACUGUACACUUUUUUUCUCGAAAUUUUAAAAAAUUAUUAAAAAUCAUGAAUUUAAUAAAAAUAAAAAACUGUACGUCAAAAUUUUCAGAAGAAUAAACUCUAUAAUAUGGCCAUCUUCAAAUUUCUUAAAAUUAAUAAGAUAAAAAAUUAUUUUUAUAUGUUUUUUACGAAAACAUAAAAAAUUAAUUGAAAUAUAAAUAUUUGUAGUCCCUUAUCCUUGUGAAUAAUAUAAUAAAAAACACCAGAAUUUGAUUAUCUCUAUUAUCUCCUGAGAUAUUACAAUGGGUAUAUCUUCUUGAGACACCCUGUAUGUAGGUGUUUAACGAAUGUACAAGAUAACACAUCGACGUUAAAUAUAUUUUUUUAUUUUAUUAUAUAUAUAUAAGUACUGUACAACAAUCGUUGUAUAUUUCAUCGUAUAGUAUUAUAUAUUAAUAUAAAUACUAUACUAUACAAUUUAUUAACUCAACGGGUUAUGUAUAUUUUAUUUAAUAUUAACAUUAUUAAAUUCAUUAAGAAUAAAAAAUAAAAUUCAGAUAAGUUUGUAAUAUUUUCUACCUACGCGCUUAGAUCGGUAACUGCAGGUACUACGGACUUUGGCUAUAGUAUCAGCUAUGUAUACCUAAUAAUUAGUUCGGUAAUGUACUUUACAUGUGCAAUAAUUUGUGCGUGUACGUAUAAAAAACUACUAUAAUAGGUCAACGGAACAUUUCAUUAUCAACCAGCAAUCGUAUCUGAAAAAAAAAUGUAUAUUUUUAAAAAAUAUUUUUUUUAUUCCAAAACUUACGAUUAUAACGCCACAAACAACAACAUCGCACUAGAUAAAAUUGAAGUACUUGGGCGUUUAUCAUGUGCGCAUCAUUGUUGUUCUAUUUGACCUAUAUUUGUAAAACAUUUGCGCGCCGUCCGUUUAUCUUGCGUUAGCUAAAUAGGCCGAUGUUUAUAAAAAUAAUUAAUAAGGUAUACCGAGUGAUCCAUUUAAGUGUUAAUACUCAUUACCUCGAAAAUUAUUGACUUUUUUCAUAAUUUGUUUUCUAGAACAUUUAAGAAACAAGCAUCACUACUAUUUUAUUUAUACGUAAUUUUUUGUCACCUUUAUUUUUGGGGGUAAAAUCAUUACCUAUUUUUGAUUUUCAAAUGGAAACCUAUAUUAAUAAGUCCAUAAAUAGUAUUAAUUAAAAUAAUUAAAUAAUAAUUUAAGUGUUAAUAUUUUUGAAUUUCAUCAAUCCAUUGACGAGUUAUUCCAAUUGUAUGUAUGGGUUGGAGAAGAGUACUGGAGUAUCAUUUGUGUGACGGUAAGGCGUGCGGUGCGGUGCGUUAUUAAUGCACCACUACUCUUCUCCGACCCAAAAUUAAAAGUGGAAUACCUCGUCAACGGCUAGACAAAAAUCUAACAUUUCAAUACUAAAAUGUAUUUUAACAAAUACUCCAUCUAUUUAUGGACUUUAUAAUAUAAGUUGCCAUUUGAAAAUCAAAAGUAGGUAGUGGUUUUACACACAAAAAUAAGGGUGACAAAAUAUAACAUACAUUUAAAAUUGUAAAGCUGCAUAUUUCUUAAAUGUUCUGGUAAAAAAAUUCUGAAAAAAGUUAUUACUUUCCGAGAUAACGAGGAUACACACUUAUAUAGAUCACCUGAUAUACGAUUGACGACUAUCAGCUGUCGACGAAUUUUACUAUAAAAUUAUUAAGUGUCUGAGCUCAAUACAUUUCAGUAUACACAAAAACAUGUGUGAAGAGUAUAUAGCACGUGUAAAAUAAAUAAUAAUUGUAUAAUAAAAUAUUAUAAUUAUAUAUUUUUUUUUUUUUACCUGUGAACAACUUUUUUACCAGAAAUCUUGCUCCGAUUGUAAAGUGUAGUACCUUUUCUAAAAGAAAAAUUUAAUUUAGCUAAUACAGUUUAAGGAAUUCAUUUUAAAAUUUUCCAAGUGGUUUUCAUAAAAGUUCCGAAAAAGGUAGAAAAAACUGGACAAUUACUGGAAACAAUACUUUUAUUAUUUUCAAUUUUUUUUUUUCUGUUAUUCGGUUCAAAAUAUCUUAAUAAUCUUAAUUAAUCUUAAAAUUUGGUUAGAAAAUUUAUAUUUACCUUUUCUAGACGUGGUAAAAUUUUUAAAAUAUUUGGAGCAUUUUUGUGCUUUUUAUAGAUAUUUUAAUUUUGCGAGAUUUUUACAUAAUUUUUAUUUAUGAAAUUCCUAGUUUAUAGUUCUUAUAUUUUCGCUGUAAAGAUAGACCGAUGCUUGAUUUCGGCUGGUUUUAUGGUUUUUGGUUUUUUUCGAUUAAUAACGGUUAAUUUCAAUAUUAACAUAGUUUUCGAUUUCAAAUAUCCCACGAAGAUCUUUUACAUAUUGUAUAAUAACUCUCGAAAUAUUACAAAUAAUCAAAUUCUGUUUUUUUUUUUUUUUACUCAUUGGAAUAUUCUGUAAAAAUAUACAUUCAGUAUUAUUAAAUUAAACAAUUUUUUUUUUUUGAGUGACAAAAAAAUAACAAUUUAUUUUUAACACGUUGGGCUACUCCAUCGGGCUUUUUCUGAUGACCUUGCGGACUACAGUCCACUCCAUCCCUGAGAAUAAGUACAUGAGAUGUAGCUUAAGUAGAUUUAGGUAAAGAAUGCCUAGGUGAAUGAGACAAGUGACGAGAGAAGAUAAAAUAAAGAAUGAUUACUAAUAGCUAUCUCUAAUGUACUCAUCGUACGUGUUACUUUUUAUUUAGGCGUGUACUUUGUAGACAAAAUGAGAGAAAAUAGCUUGAGAUGAUUUGGGCAUGUAUGGGAAGAGAGAAAUCUGAAGCAGGGGUGGGAGUUUAGGAUAAAGAUGACCGAUCCCAAAUAGUCGGGAUAAAGGCGAAGGAGUAAAAAAAGACGGUUUUUAUAGGUAGCAUGUAUCGGACCAUCGGAAAUCGAUUAUUAAUUAUACAUGUUCCACAAAAUACUUGACGAAACUAUAAAUAAAUAAUAUUACUUUUAUAAAGUUAGAUGUAUAGGUAUUUCAUAAAUAUAGUUUUGCCUAUAAUAGGAAACUGUUUGUAUAUAUUAUCUAUUACAUCAGGGACACAAAUCAAUAUUUUUUUUUUUAAUUUUAUUUAAAGUCGACGAUAAUAAUAUGUAUAUAAGAAUCACGGAAUCAUACAAGUAUAAAGUAUAAUAUUAUAUUGUUUAUCACCUUUAAUUCUACCUAGAUUUUUAUUUCCCGAUAUUUGUUGGUAGUUAUAUUAUUAUGAUCGAGUACCAUAUCAUUAUAGGUAGGUGCCGCAGGAUACAAUAAUAUGUAAUUAUAAUUAUAUAUUUGUAAAACGUUGUAUACAUAGGUGUAUAUUACAUGACUUCAAACAAAAUACUGUAGGUACGUAAUAUAUUUACUCUAUUACUAAUUAGAAAUAUGCAACAAAUUAUAGUUAUAGAAUUGAAAAUUACCUUGAUUUUUAUUAUAAGUAUACAUUUUUGUUAAAUAAGGUAUUGAUAGUAAACAUUGCACACAUUUCCGAAUCCCUCUGUCCAGGUUAAAGACUGUCUAUACCCACUGGAAUAUUCCAAAUUUCGUUAUUUUUCAUAUAUUUUCUGACAUUACAUACAAAUCAAUCAAAAUUCGGAGUUUUACGCGACAAGGUAACCGUUUUUCUCUUUCAAAAUAAAAAUAUAUAUAUAUUUAUACAUAUUUCUCUUUCAAAAUAAAAAUAUUUAUAUAUUUAUACACAUAUUGAAAUUAGAAUGAUUUGCGAGUGUGUUUACGAGAGUUUUUCCGCGAAGUUAUUUUCUUUUGAAAAACGGCCGUAUAUCUUCCCCUUGAAUGGUUAUCGAACAGUGGAAAAGUAUUAUCUUAAAUGGUACCUAUCAUUAUAAUGUUAAAAAUAACUACCAGAUUUUUUAAAAUUAAAAAUAAUCUAGAUAUAGGUACUCCGUGGAUAAAAUUGUUAAACCAAACAGAAAUGCUUAAAGAUUUAAUAAGAGCUUCAUCAUAGGUUGUAGUUAAUGGUCAACAAGAAAAUGAUUUUAAUAUAGUAUUUGUUUUUGUUUUAUAAGAAUUUUAAUAUCAAAUUUUGACGAAAAUCGUGAAGAUUACGGAUUGAAUGAGAACUGUUUUUCGUUAGCGAUGAUUAAUAGUUGCAUACAAAAAUACAUUGAUUAUCCCUCUAUAUCCUACCUUCCCAACUUCUCACCUACAACAGUGACUUACUCAUUGUGCGAAAUAUGUCCGUAUUUUUUUAAUCUGAUUUAAAAUUAAUAAAAUAAUAUUUCGGUGAUGUUUUAUAAAUUGACGUAUAGAAAUUUUUACAUACGUAGGUAAUUUAUAAUAUUUCAUAAUAUGUUGUGCGUCAGGAAAAUUUGAUAAUUUCGCACUGUAGUAAAAUUUGUUUUCGGCUGAUUUCGCCGUUCCAAGCUGACACACGAUAUACUAUUAUAAAAUUACUCCGUAAUGUAGUUUAAUUAAACUGAAAUUCUGUUUGUAACAAAAUUCGAUUUUAUACCUACGUGGCUACUUCUCUAUUUUGUCUAUGACUUCUUUAAGUUGAUAACUUGGUUGAUACCGAGUUGCGGUCAGAAUCAAAACAAGAAAAAAUCUGAGUUAUGGUCGGGAUCAAAAUAGGUGAAAAAAAAUGAAUCCGAGUUGCGGUCGGAAUCAAAACAACUAAAUACAAAUCUGAGUUGCAAUCGAAAUAAUCAAGAUGAUCAAAAUAUUUAAACUCGUCCGAUACGUUCAAUAUAAUUACGACUGCAAUUCGCCUAUCCUGACCGCAACUCCGAUUCUUUAUUUUUACCUGUUUUAAUCCCGGCCGCAAUUCGUCCAUCGCGACCGCAACUCGGAUACUCCCGAUAAUUUACAAAAAAAAAAAAAGUCAACUACGAAGUUUUAACGUUAAUUCCAGUUGCCAAAAUUUCACCCAAAAGCAAUAUUAUAACACUAUAAACACCAGGUGGUUUGUGAAACCUGUUUUUAUUCGUGGUUGACUGAAAACUCGCGUACAACAUGAAUAUAUUAUUGUCCGAAGGCCACAUUUGUAAGGACAUUGAAACAAUUUGAUCUUGGUUACAGUAUAUCGUAUUACGAUGAUGUUUUUAUAAGUAUUUAUAGGUACCUGUACUCCCGAAACUAUAACAAUUCAGUUAUUUAUGAUUAUUCGUAUUAAAUAUAGGUAUAUAUUGAAAAUAUUAAAAUUAUAUACUUAGAUAAGUAUCUUAGUACUGGGAUAAGUGCUUAAUGGUUGUAAUUUGGUAUUAUUCUUCGAAUAUUAUAGUCAAACGUAGUCCACAGACCAUCACGUAAUAAUAUUAUGUACCCACGUUAAGUUUUUUUUACAACCUAUGUAAACCGAUAUAACUGAGUAUGCAAUACGUACGUACCUACCAAUUAAUAUUUCGGCCGAAUAUGAAAACAUGAAAUAGUGGUUAUACGAAGCGGUCUUUAUUUUGUCCGUCUUUUUAUCUAAUGUCGUGGAUAAUGAGUUCAAGUUUAAAACAUGCGCAGUUGUUUCCACGCAAACUCGAGAUUUUUAGCAAACCCGUUGCUGUAUUGGAAUGUCUGCGUGAACAAUAAUACAUUAUAGUUAUAUACAGGGUGAUCAAUCUAUCAUAAGACACUCGUUAUUUCGGAAAGUAUUAACUUUUUUCGACAUUUGUUUUAUAAAAAAUGUUAGAAACAAGCAGCUCUGCAAUUUUACAUUUAUAUUAUUUUUGUCAUCCAAAUUUUUUGGAAUGAAAGUACUAUCGACUUUUGAUUUUCAAAUGGCAACCUGUAUUAAAAAUUCCAUAAAUAGAUGGAGUAGUAGUUAAAAUAAAUUUUGGUUCUUAAAUUUUUAAUUUCCGUCGAUCCGUUGACGAGAUAUUCCACUUUUAAGUUUUGGUCAGAGGAGAGUACAUUGGUACAUUCUUAAAACGCCGCGCGCUGUGCCGCCACACAAAUAAUGCUCUACUAUUCUUUGUUUGAUAUAAUUUGUUUAAAACAAAUUUCGAAAAAUGUUAACACUUUCCGAGAUAAUGAAUUUCUUUUGAUAGAUUGAUAACUCCGUAUACACAUAAAAUUACAUUGUACAAAUUACAAAAUAACGCUCGCCCAUUUGACUGACUGCAACAUACGAUACUACUUAUUUGCCUACUUACUUACUUACUUACACAAUAAUUAUAGAUUUAUACGUAGCUACUAAUGAACUUAUUCUUCUUCUUCGUCGUCUCCUUCACCUUCAUCUCAGCUAUUCAAGAUCGACCACAACUGUCCUAAAUUUCCACUUGACCCGAUCUCCCACCCCGCACACACUAGUUAAUAAUGAACUAUACGACAAUAUUUGAUUGGUAGGUGGUAUUAUAUUACACUGUAUGACAAAAAUAAUGAUUGACAACAAUAUAUUUCCCCGAAUAACGGAAUACAUAAAUGUUUUUCUGCUAGCUUUUACUAAGGAUUUUUUUAAAUUGCCCAAAAACCAAAAUCCCCCGUCCCUUAUUAAAAAUAUUUUAUUUCAAAAAUUCUAAACCAAUAAAACAUAAAGUUUUCCAGAUAUUACUACGCAAAACUAAAUUGAAUUACUUUCUAGAAUUACAGAACUACUUUUUAUUUUCGAACAGUUGCCCAAAAUUAAUGUGAAAAAUACAUUAGUUUUUGACAUUUUCUACUGUCACAUUCAAGUCCUACUGCCUGUAAGAAUAAGAGACCUGUUAGUCAGUAUUUUAAAACCAUCAAAUGAACGGUUUAAAUCUGAUUUUCUGUUAUUAAUGUUUUCAAAUCAAAAUGCAUAAACACGUCUUUACUGCAAUAAAUUUGUCGUUUUAAGAUAAAAGUUUCUUUCGAUUUACACUAUUUUGUCUCCUUAAUAUUGUAACCGACGGACUUCUCAGGUAAAAAUCGUUGCAGAAUAAUGCGCACGCUAUACUACAUAAUUGUUUACAUACCUAUCACCCAAUAUUAUUAGAUUAACAAUGACAGCGCGUGGUAUGUAUCUACCUAAUGACUGAAAUCCAAAUGAGGUGAUUACAUCUUAACUACACGGAACAAAAACAAAACUCAAGUACCAUACACAUAACUUGUUUUGCUUUUAUUAUUGAUUUUAAUUUCCAAUGCGGAAAUUCAUACAUAAUUAUAAAACUAUCAUAAUAUAAUCAGUAGUAUUGGUGUCCUAAAUGUUUUAGUGAGUAUAUGCUUGAGAGAAGAUUAAAACAUAUAAUGUGGGAGGCCGUCAUUUAGAGCAGCCACGAACUAGGAUACUGAAUUAAGAUUAUUAUGAUGAACUAAGAUAUACCUUAAUAUAAUAAGAUAAGAAUGAUAAGAAACAUUUUUUUUUUUUUUUUUGUGAUAUCCUACGUAUAGGUAGUUAACUUGAAUCGUUUUUGAUGAUCUGUGGUAAUAUACACCGAAAUACGAUGUUUGAUAGUAAUAAUUUAUAACUAAUAACAAGUACACGCGUUUAUGUGACACAUAUGCGUUUCAAAUAAAAAUGUUGAGUAGGCAUAAUUAUUGACAAAAAAACCUAAAAGUGCAUGCAUACUUUUUGACACUCCACUUCACCACUCAUAAUUUAAUAAUAGUAAACAAUAAUUACAAUAGUAGAUAAUAAUAUCAUCCUAGAUUCCUAACUUAUAUAUGCACGAUCCCUAUGAUGGUUAUUAUAAUAAGUAAUUAAAUAGUUCAAAUAUCAGAAAUUAUGUUAUUGAUCAAUUAUUAAAAAUUUGAAAGUAAUAAUAUAGGUACAAAUAAUACAAAUACAAAUAAUAGAAAAGUUUUUUUCGUUCAAAACACAACAGGUUAAUGAAUGGUGAUUAGGUUUCUUUUUUAUACACACCGAUGGUGUUUUAUUAAAAGGGAAUAUACCACUAAAAAUCGAAAAAUACAUUCUUGGUAUUAAAAAAAAAAAAAACAGAAAUAUUAUGAGUUUAAACUGAUAAAAGGGUGUAUUUAAAUACCUACAAAAAAUUAAGUUGAUAAUGUAAAAGAUAUCCAAACGCCUUUUAAAAUAUAAUUAAAUCAACACUGAUUUAUUAAAAGGACCACAUUCAAUGCAUGUAUACUUUGCGUAUAAGUAAUUUUAUUGUUUUCCAUUAUUAUCAUUAUUAAAAACCGUUUUGUUGUUUUUUUUUUUUUUGCUUCCUGAAAAAGAGUGAAAUUUGAUAGACGAGAUUUGACAAAACACCGUCGAUAUAUUUAGGUAUAACAUAUGUAUAAUAAAAGAAGACACAUUCUAAUGUACAAAAUAAGUGUCGAUUCUAAAUUGAAUAGUUAUUGUGAUAUUGUAUAUUUUAUGUUUUUAACAAUUGGUGCACAAAGAAAUGUAUUGUUAUAUUUUUUAAAUCCACGUUUUCUAUCAAUUUCGUUCCUAUAAUGUGUUUUUGACGCGUGCACGCGAGUGUUGUAUAUCAUAUAGUGGAAACUAAAUCCACUAAAUCCAUGUUAUAGGUACCUAGUAAUUAAUUUUUGUUUAUUUUGUUUCAGGUCUGAUAUCGUUGAUGUUAAUUAGUGUUUCCGCGCUUGUUUUGGGCACUCUAAUCGCCGUGCUCGAUCCAUUCCAAUUAAUUCUCAAAUGGGUACGUUUAUUAAUGUGCAUUACCUAGAAAAUAACGAAUUUAUUGUUUCUAUUACCGAUCUAUUAAUUCGAUUAUUUAUUCAAUAUCGAAAAAUGUAUAAUAUACUUUUCAUUUUUCAAAUAUCUUAAUUAUUCAUAUUUACAACUAUAUGAACCGUUAGUAAAUAAUUUAAGUAAUUCUUUUAAAAAUUAAAAAUAUUCCAGAUAGCCAAUAAUAAUAGUUAUAAUAAUAGUAAUGAUAAUAGUUUUGUUGCAACAUCAACAAGUUUUUACACCAAAAUUUCAUUUAUGAAUACAAUAUUGCUGUACCCCGGUAAGCAAAGCUUGGGCUGGGGAAACUGUUUUACUUCUAUCAUUUUAAGUAGAAAAAAUGAUAAAAUAUUUAUUUAAUCACAUAGAGCUCAUGCGAUUGUCAAUGCACUCUGUGGUGCAAAAAAUCUUUUCUUGUCACUCCACUCAUCCACCUAAGUAUUCUUAUCCCUGCUAUACUCAUUCUCUGCUCUAAUUUUCUGUCUACCGCCCAACACUCCGAACCAUGCAACAUAGUCAGUCUCACUACAUUUUUGUAUAACUGAACUUUUAGUCUCAUAUUCUACCAGAAAUCUUGAUUCAAUUUUCAAGUGUAAUGUGUUUCUGAAAGGAAAUUUUAUAUAGUUGGUGAAAUUUUUAAAACGGUUGAGCUAUUUAUGAGCUCUUUAUAAUCAUUUUAAUUUUCCGAGGUUUUUAAAUAAUUUAUAUUCAGUAGACACUCUGUGGAUAAAAUUGUCAGACCAAACAGAAAUGCUUGGAAUUUUAAUAUCAAAUUUUGACGAAAAUCGUAAAAACAUGUAUACCCGAACUCCGCACAGAAUUGUUUUUCGUUAGCAAUGAUUGAUACACACUCUGUUUCCUUCUAUAUAUUACCUUCCCAAAUUUUCUUCUACAACAAUGGCCGGCCCAUCGUGCGAAAUAAGUCCAUCUCUUUUUAUAUUUAUAUGAUUUCAUUAAAAGCACGGUAAUCUAAUAGUGGAAAAGCUGCAAAAUGCGUCUGUAUUGUCUUUUUAUUAAACUUGUCAUACAUUUGUAUGAUAAGUAGCCAUAAGGCUAUACAUUUGAUAAAUAAUUCAUAUUAAUAUGUUGGUUACAUGUUUGGAGAAUUUAUAGGUCUGCACGUUUUUAAUUAAUACAUUAGCUAAUUACAUAUUUAGAUUUUAUAGGUACACAGGCAUACUAUACAUAUAUACAUACUCGUAUAUUGAAAUCUUAACCGUCUAUAGCAAGGUUAGGGUAGGUUAGAGCAGGUGGUUUGAGUAGCGGCUAUUCAACGAUCCGAAUUUUGGUACUUUUCUGGUAUUAUUAUUAUUCAUAGUGGAUAUUUUAAUUAAUCUUUGUUGAUUAUAUAAUAUAGACAUAUUAAUGGAAUAUAAUAUAUAAUUAUACACAGAUAUUAUAUACGCGUCACGACGCGUCGUGUAAACUGUAAUUUCCACACGCCGAACGAGAGAACUGGUUCCGUAAAUUUAAUCUUGGAACCUAGCUGGGAAUAUAGAAACAUAAUGGCAGUCUGCGAUGGGUUUUAUUUUUUUUUUUUUUCUAAGGUCAGAUCAAUUCUUUGCAAUUACUCGAUCUCCAUGUAUACUUAUCCGGAGAACAUAUUAUUGAAAAAAUAAAUAAACACGAUUUUAUCUAUUUACUACAGCUAAUCAAAUUGGUUUCGUUUGUUUCGCGGUUCGACAAAAUCCUUGCGGUCACUGUCAAAUGCUCAAACAUGUUUUUUUUUUUUUCCAUGCGGUAUUAAAUUGCAAACAGAAACCAGUUCUCAAAUUGUAUACUCAUUCAAACCGGUAGGGUUUUCCCGAGACAUUACUCACUCUUCCGGUGACUGCGUUAGAUAUAUAAUCAUAAAAACGACAACAACUGUUAUUUAAACUACGUGAAAAAUUAUUUUUAUGCGGAAAUGCUUGAAUACUCGUUCAUCAUCUACGAUAAAUAAUAAAACGCUCUUAAUAGUUUAAUAAAUAGCACAUACUCUGAUGCAUGCAUACCACAAUUCGAAUUAUAGAGCAAGAAAUUGUUUGGGUUUCUUUCACAUCUCAAUAAAUAAACCCAUUUAUAUAAUUGGUUUUAAAUAUAUUUAUUUUAAUGGUGUAUUAAUUGUUAGGAGGGCGUGACACCCGCAUAUGUUGCAUCCGUCUUACAAACGUACGAAAAAGCAAAUUGGCGUUCAGCAGGGAUAACAUUGUGCUGUUCAUUAAUUAUUAUUAAACUGUGAUAUUUCACAUACUCAUAUCUCAUAAAAUUAAAAUAUUGACAAAUAACACAAAUGUUACACAGAUUAUGUCCUUAUCUUUAAGUUUGAUAAUAAGUCAUCCAGUUCACUAAUUCACUCUAAUCAGGCACGUAUUCAGGGGGGAGCUACAGGGUGCUGUUGCCCCGGGCGGUUGAAUAUGAGAAGGCGGCUAAUAUAUAUAUAUAUAUAUACAAUAUAACUAUUUUUUUAAAAUUACAUUAAAUUUGUAUUUGGUAUACUGAGGCAUUUUUUUUUUUAUUGCCCCCUGGUGUCAAAUUCCUAAAUAAAAAAAAUUCCCCUGACUCUAAUAUUGAAAUUAACAGCACAAAAUUGUCCCCACUGAACGCAAAUUUGCUAUCUGCAGUAUGAUACACAUUUGUGAGACCUCACAAUUGUGAGUAUCACGUCCUCUUUAUCUAAAUUUGUAUGCCAUUUUAAAAUACGUUUUGAAAAACUUUUUUCUAUGUCAGAGACUAUGUAGAUAUUUAAAUUUAAUAUUUAUUGCUGUUAUUUGUAUUGUGUAACAAUUAUAAAAACAUACAAAUUCAAUUUACUUCAAUUAUACUUUUUUGUAUGGAAUUACCUACUGUGGUCUGUGAUUACUGAUUACAAAUAUAAUAUCAUAAAUUAUGUUUGAUCGUAUAGGUAAUUUAAUUUGUUUUAUACUAUCGUCUGGUGUUACCCAUGAAUUAAAAUUAAUAUAUACUUGCCUACAUUGUCAAGUAUUUAUUUUUCUCAUAUUAGGUACCUAUAUGUAUGAAUUACAAAUAAAAAAUACCUACCUAAAUAGUACAUAAAUAUAUAUAUAUAUAUAUAUAUACAUAUUUCAUGUAAUAAAUAAUAAAAUAAUGGACUUGUAUUGAGGUGAAUGAAUCUAACUGUAUCAGUUUUAUGUCGUUACUUUCAAAGUUUGAAUAACUAUAUUUAUGAUGAUAGUAUUAUAGUAUAGUAUAUGAUAGUAUAGAAAUUCAAGGAACAAAGAAGCCAUUUAGAUCUUAAAAUUGGAUGGCUUAAGACUUUAAAGUAGUUACACUAAUUAAAUUAUAGCUUAAAUAAAAUUGAAAAUAAAAAUUGAAAUAAUGAAAUAAAAAUUUCACUAAAAUGUAUGUAAAAUAUUUGGUUAUAAAGCGCACAAAUGUUUAGAAAAAAUAGGUACCUACUUAGUAUUACCAAUUUCCAAACAAUUUAUUUUUGUGUAUUUUAUAGAAAUUAUAUUUUUAUGUCUAAUGAUAAUAAUAGUUAGAUUUUUUGAAUGUCAAAAAAAAAAUAUACUCAUAUUAUUUUAAUGAUUCGAUUAAAUAAAUUUAAUCGUAAACUGAAAGUUGGAAUAUUUCGUUAAAAAAUUAAGUUCAAAACAGUUUAAAGCUGAUAUUAUUACAAAAUCUUCUAAAACAAAAUAUAGAUCAUUAUAUAGUCUAUAAACAUUGAAGAAUAUUAUGGAAUAAACAUUAUUUUAAAACAAUCUUCUUCAUAUCGAUUUAAAACCAUUCUUUAACGUAUACCAUUUUUAACAUUUUCAGAAACUCAUAUUUAGCAAUGGUGAUGAAACAUUUGAGAUGUGGAGAAAACCUGAAGCACCUAUUUAUCUCAAGGUAUUCAUAUUCAAUGUGACAAACCGUGAAGAAUUUUUGAGUGGAAGAGAUGAAAAAUUAAAGUUUCAAGAAGUUGGCCCAUAUAUCUAUAGGUAAGUUAAAUUGAAUAUACAAAUCUUAUUCUGCAAAACUAAUCAAAAAAGUAUUUUUAUAUUAUUCACUUAAAUUGAAUUAUAUUGUACUAAUUAUUUUUUCUCUAAAAGAUAUUUAACAUGAAUAUUUAUACAAAAUGUAUAAAUUUAAAAAAAAAUGCAUAAUACUUACCUUAUACAUGUGUACCUAAUUAUACAUUUUAACGAAUGUUUAAAAAUAUUAAUAGUUGUACUUGUAUUACUAAAAUAAUGCUAUUAACUAAUUUGUUUAAUUCAUCUUAAUACUGAUAUCAAUUGACACAAAUCUCGUUUUAAUAAUUUGCACAUAUUUUUACUUAUUGGGGUUAUCGAAAAUCAUAAGUAACAUACCUGCGUCAUCAAUAACAAAUUAAUAUGCAAUUUGAAAUUACGAUUAUGAACUAUGAACUAUGAACUAUGCAUCAUACUCAACUAUUUUAUAUAAGUAGGUACUUACAAUUUAGAAUUAUAAACUUACUUUACGUCCAUUACUUAAAUUACUUGGUAACUAAUAUAGAAAAUCAAAAUUGUCAACAAUAAAUUGUACUAUAAUAAUUUUUUUGUCAUAUCGGUAAUAUUAAAGGAUGUUUAAUAUAUAUGCUCGUCUAUAUAGAUAGAGGUACUAUACUACUAUCUAUAGAGAUUUACACAAAAUAUAAGUAAUGUCAAAAAGAACAAAAAGAUAAUAGAUAGAUGUAAUGUGAUAACAUCUCGUUUUGCUGAUAUAACAAUUAUUUAGUUUUGUUAGUUAAAACGCACCAAUUUCAAUAUUGUUUUUUUUUUAGUUUCUAAGCGUAGCAAGAAAUUUAUUGGUUUUGAUAAUGUGUGUGUGUGGUUAUUUUAGAUUCCAAGCGUAACGAGGGAUCUAUUGGUUUUACUAAGAUGUUUAUUAUUUUUUUCUUUGUUCUUUGUUUUUUGUUCGAGUCUGUGAACAUGUCUUUUCCUAGUAAAUUUACUCCGAUUUUUACGUAUAGCAACUUUUCUGAAAGCUCAAGUUGUGCUUGAUGAUACUUUUAACAGGUGAUUUUCAAUGCAAUAUUUUAAAUAACAGUGGGAAAAAACGUAGGAAAACGUACAAUUUCACGAUUUCAUUAUUUUAUAAAAACACGGAUCACAAGAUAACUUUUUUGUUGCCUUUUUAAUUUACUUUCUUACGGUAUCAUCUUAUGAGCCACUUUUGAGUUUUUAAGGAAUUUUAAUUUUUGGGAGUUAUUUUGCUGUAAUUGGUUAUAAAUACACGUAGAGACUUGAAACUUGGUAAUAAUACUUAUGUUGGACUUACCCCUAGAUGUAGUACAAUUUUCAAAAUUAUCGGAUGACUUUUUUCCUUUUUAAACUGCGCUCGGAAUCGUCUUUCGUCAAGCAAUGGUUUAUCGUUGCUUACAGAUAUAAAUGAAACAACCUUAUGUAUUCUACCUUCCCAGCUUCUCACCUACAACAGUGGCCGCUCCCAUCUUCAGUAUCAGCUCUUUUUUUUGUGCGUGUGUUUUUAAACAACUUUUCUAUUGGAAAUUUUACUCCAAAAAAAAAAAAAAACGACAGGAGACAUUUUGAAUCUAGUUGGUAUCUAUUUGUUAGGCCAUUUUUAAUUUUCCUUGUAGUUUUCAUUAUACUAGGAAAAACUGGAAAAACGUAUAAUACAAAUGAACACAUAUUUUACAGUAAAAAAAAAUUGCAUUAUUUUCGACUUUUCAUUUUUAUAUUUCUACCAAAAUUCUUGCUUCGAAAUCCAUGAAACAUCUUAUGUUAAAAAUUGGAAAAAAACGUAGAGAGUUGGCGAAACAAAAUUUUUAUUUUUGUAGACGUUUAGUACAAUUCCUAAGAAUUUGAAUUUUUAAAAAAUAAAUGUUUAAUAAUAUUUAAUAAAACAUAAAUAACAAAGAUAUUUGUAUGUAUACGAAUAUGUGUUAGGAACUAAAUGAGUAUCACACAGAUACUAUAUCUAUGUUUUUGUUUGUACCAUAAACUCCAAAUAAUAAUUUAUUUGCAACGUUAUGUAAUAUUAUUACAUUAUUCAUAUUGUAAGGUAGGUUUGACUUACUAUUUAACGAUUUAUAUUAAUAUACAUAAAGUGUGUGUGUAUGUAUAUUUUUAAUCUAUGUUAUAAAUAUAUAAAUAAGUGUACAUAAUUUAAAAAAAAAAUCAAAAUGAACACAUAAUAUAUUAUAUUAUUAGUACAUUAAUUAUAAAUCGGGUUUUUUUUUUUUUUUAAUAAUAAUAACAGUGUUAUGGAAUAAAAUUAUAAGCACUAUGUCCCACCUAUGCAUUAUAAUACCUUAUUUUAUUAUAAAAAACGGAUUUAUAAGGAAAUACCAAAUGCAAAUAAUAUGAAGCACAUCGUAAAAAUGCAACAUAAUUAUUAUUUACUACACGUAAUAUAAUAGGCAAUGUUAUUUAUUGUACAUUAAAAAUUACGACUAGUAUUAAAAAAUAAAAAACUACUAGAACGUGCAUAAUUAAGUACAUUAAUCCGUUUGCUUACAUAAAAGUACAUUAAACGUGCAUAAUCAAAAACAACAUUAAAAACAAUGGGCUAACGUUAAAAUUACCAAUAUUCUACGUUUCGUUAAUUGUAUUCGUAAAACCGAUAAACCAAUAAAAAUAAAAAAAAAACUAUUUUUUUAAACCAUUUGUACAGCAUAUUAACGUAUCGAGUACAAGUUGAAAAUGAGGGGAAAGCAUGGGCGCCCGAAGGAGGAGAGGCAAGAUAGGGCAUCUGCCCCUCCUCUUGAACUUCAAAAUUUCAAAAUAAUAUCAUUUUAGUGAUUAGAUAAUAUUUAUAUAAUUCUGUUAUAUUUUUUUGGUGUUUGAUUUUAUUAUGCCCCUCCCUAUAUCAGCCUGGUCAUCAAAAAGCCUAGGUAGAUUCUUAUUUACGGUUAUACGUAUAAACUUUACAAAAACACUGCCUCCCCUUGAUAGAUUUCCUCCGGACUAAUUUAAAAAUUGAUACUAUGUUUGUAAAUAUGUUUUUAUUAUCCAAAAUAGAACUAAAAUAAAUUUUAUUCAAAAUCUUAAAUUCUGUAAAAACUAUAACAAUAAACAUCGAUACAAAAGUUUUAUUUUAGUUUAAGUAUCAUAGUAAAACCAAUACUUUCCUCGCUCUGCUCAGAAUCUAAUAUAAUAUAUCAAGGACCAAUAACAUUUAUAUAAUGUUAAUACAUUAAUUUACGAUUUUCCUUGUUUAAACAAAAGAAUGUUAUGAAAAUAUAAACUAUAUAGCUGUAACUUCUUUUCUUACAAUGAAAAUGUAACUAAAAAAAAUAGCUUAACAAAAGUUAUUAUUUCGGAGUAUAGUUUUUAUCAAUUUUAACCGAUUAAAAUUUUUAAAAAAAUGCAGGCAUUCAAAUAUAAAUUUCAAUUUGAAAUGUAUAGAUUUCGUUUGAAAAUUCUAAGUUCAGAUCAUAUAAUAUAUAAUUCACUAAGCGUGCUCAUCCAAUUUUUUUUGGUGUAAAUUUAGCAUGUAUUAAAAUUCUGAUUUUUGAAAUUUUUAAGUGUAGUCAAAGCCGAUAUUUUUGAAUACUUAAACUUUUCAAAACAUUUAAGUAGUAUCAUGUGGUGUUAUUAACUUUGGUUUUCAAAUGAGAACCUAUAUUAAAAAUUCCAUUAAUAGAUGGAGUAAUACUUUAAAUAAAUGUUAGCGUUAGCAUUUUUAAUUUCUGUCAACCCGUUGACGAGAUAUUUCACUUUUAAAUUUAGGUAAGGAGAGAAUAGUGGAGCAUCAUUUGUGUGGUGGCACAGCGCGUGGCAUUUUAUUAGUGUUCCACUACUAACUCUCCUCCUACCUAAAGAUUCUACGAUUAGAUACACUAAGUACAUAAUUAAGUACGUAAUUAAAAUACCUGUAUGGUUCUUAACUAUCAUAUAAUACACAAUGAUUAAAUGUGUUGUGAGAUUUUGUUUAUCUGUAAAUAAUUUAUUUAAAUUAUGUAUAUUUCAUUGUAUUUGUUUAUAAAGUACGUAUAUGGAACACAGUGGCGGCUCGUGCGUAAAAUAAUUGGUAGUUCACAUUAAAAAAACUGCGUACAAUAAGUAUAAUGGAUUCAGAAAACAGGAACUAAAGCAAAUAUUUUAUUGAAAUAUGAAUAUAUUUAUUAAUAUUUUUUUUCUUUUAUGUAGGAAUUUCUUAGAUAGAAAUCUACAAUAUAUUAGGGAAUUAAUACGUUUGUUUUUGUUACAUUACAUUAAAUAAUAUUAUUUAGGAAUUGAAUGCAAGCCGGGUCGGUCAGUAUUUUCUGUAGGGUAUUUGUGGAGAUAACGGCACCCGCCGGACAAAUUUAAUGCUAUCCAAAAGAAAUAAUCAGUUCCCAAAAUAUUCUCGGUCAGUAGCGGCAGACGGCUGUACGGUCACGUCAUUCGUUUAUUCACCAACACUACCGGUAGUUGGGCCAGUCGUAGGACCGAAACGGUCAAAUGCGCACACGCCAACCCGCGCAAAAAUUGUAUUUGCCCGUCCACGCUCCGUGACCGCUGCCGCUGCGAAUUGUGUACGAUGGCAUACCUAUAACGUGCGAUAACGUUCGUUCUUCCCGACUUCUCGCAUUAAACAUUUCUUUAAAUCUAUAAAAUAAUUUUUAUUCUCGUCUCUAAAGUAAAUAUGAAUGCAUUUCUAGUUUAUAUCACAACAUGUACUAUAAUAAUUGAUAUUAUAUUUUUAUAUUGUUGUAAUAUAACAAAACAAUGUACCUAUAGUUUUCAAAAUUGUAGGUGGUGCACUGCUCUUGUGCACCAUAAAACGAACCGCCACUGAUUGAAAAUUAUUGUCAUUAUUACACUUAUCCGAUUUUCGAGAUUUGUCAAUUUAAUUCUUUUUCUCCUUCGCCUUUAUCCCAACUAUUUAGGAUCAACCAUCCUCGUUCUAAACUUACACUUGAUCCGAUCUCCCACAUUUUCCUAGCACACACCCACCGUCUUCAUAUCAUUCUCAAUCGCGUCUAAUUACCUAUUUUUUUCUUUCUCUUUUCUCGUACGUUUAUUAACUUCAAAAUUCUUACUACUUUUGAUUCUUUUUUCCUUGUGACAUGCCCAAACCAUCUCAGUCUAUUUUCCCACAUGUUGUCUACUAUCGAAGCCACCCAUCUUAUGAUUUUUCAAUUUAAUUAGGUACAUUUAUCGUCAGGUAGGUAAAAAGAUUUCCAAUUGGCUAUAGUAUCAUCUGUCUGGCAAAUUCUAUGCAAAUAAAAAUUAAUUUUAAAAAUGUUCGCACUGCGAAGUUUCGAUGACAUUGGAAUUUAAGAAGACGUGAUAUCCGCAUGUGCUGUCUACGCCUUAGUUUUAAUAUUAAAGUAAAUUUACCUACAAUCACCAAACUUACAGGUAAUAUCAUUAUUUCUGCAGCCAUGUAGGGAUUUUUCGAUAUUUUGAUUUUUAAGCGAGAUAUACCAAGGUAAGUAUUUUAAAACUAACAGCACAAAGUUGUCACUGCUUAACGCUUUUAAAAUAUAGGUUGUAAAAUUAAUUUUUGAACAAUUUUAAACUCUAAAAUAUAAAAUGUACAAUAUACGAAAUCAAUAAGUCUUGGAACUAAAGAUUUGUGUAUAACAAUAAAACUCCCGCAAUUGAUACGAUAACAUUUCCUAUUUAUAUACCUAUAUUAAUUAAAAUAAAAUGUUUACUGUUUUUUUUUUUUUUUUUAUGUUUAUAAUUUCUAAUAAAAUAUAAUAUAAUCGUUUUAUACAUUUUAAGAUUUUCGUUAUUUACACUUAUGUAUUAUAUACAUAUAUAUUUAUGUAGUUAGAAUAUGUAAUUAAAUUAUCAAAAUCAAUAAUAGCUAAUAUUUACUUCGACUUAUUUACGUAAAAAAAAAAAAAAAAUUAAUAUUAUAAUUUUUACAAAAACCACACUGUAACAACUAUAAAAUAAUAAUGUUUUUUUUUUUUUCAAAACAUAUAUAUAUAUAUAUAUAUAUGCAAUAUAAUUCAUUAAUAAAUUAAUAUUUAAGGACUGAACAAUUUAAAUAUUUUCAGGGAAUAUGCUGAACACAAAAACGUUUCGUUUAACAAUAACGAUACGCUAACGAUGACGCCUAUCCAUCCAUUGGUUUGGGUGCCAGAAUUGAAUACCAGGAGAGAAGACGACUUAUUCAUAUUACCAAAUAUCGCUCUCUUGGUAUGUUUUUUUUUCAAUUUUUUUUAAUUCAAACUAUUUUAAGCUUGUGUAUCCCAUUUAUGUAUAUAUAUACGAGGGCUAAUCAAAAAGUAUCAAGACUGGUAGUAUCAUUCGGAAAAGGAGCAUCGAAGAGCAGUAGGAUUGGUAUCACUUGCUUCUAUGACUUUUUCUGAGUACAUUUGUUUUUAUUGCUUCUCUAUAAAAUUCUUCGGUUUGAUUUCACUGACAUUUUUGUAAAAUAUAUUUUUCGAGUUUGGCGAUUUCGUAAUAAACCCAAAAGAAGAGUAACUUGACAGAUUUGGAAAUUUUAAAAAAUUUUUCUGCAUUUUUUUCCAGUUUCAGAGGGAUGCAACAUUUCAUGGUUUUUGCCAUUAAAUGUCAAUUGAAAAACUGAAAAUGUGCCCUCGAGCGGCAGCGAGUUCCGCUUCUUUUGGAUUCAUUACUAAAUCGCCAAACGUGAAAAACAAAUUUUAGAAAAAUAUCGUCAAAUCAAAACGAAGAAGUUUAUAGAGAUUUUAUACGGAUAGAUGUGCUCAGUAUAAGUCAUAGAAGCUAGGUUUACAAAUCGUUUUGCUCUUCAACGCUCGGUUUCCGAGUAAUAUUAUCAGUCUCGAUACUUUUUGAUUAGCCCUCGUAUAUAUAUAAUAAUUUACAAAAACGUAUUUGUUAACAUUAAUAUAAAUAAUAACUAUUAAUUCGUACGAUCUAGCGAAAACCAUGCCAAAAGUUACCGGCUAGGAUUAAGCUCUGGGUCGGCCCUAAGUGGUUUUCCUAGAAGGCCCGUUGGGAUUGCUUUCCCCCCGGGCUUUUUAGAUGGUACAGGCUUUUUCGUCGGCGUUAGAUAUUAGUAAGGGCGCGUCGGCGCGGACUUCUCUGCGUCGCGAAGCUAACAUGUACAAAUUCUCGUCGGGCGGCGGAGUACCGGAAUUUCCCCACCGAGGUUGUAUCCGACGAGGGAUCGAGACCACGAGCUCAUCUCUCCGCGUGGUCGUUCGAGGGGUAUUCUCGCGUUCCGACCGUUGGGUCGCAGCGUUCAAUAUCCUCGGGCGGUCCACUUACCUCUGGCAACGGAAAUUGUGUUAUCACGCGCCUGUCGGUAGACACCUGACUGCUUCCGGUGCGAGCUGACCACCCGCUUUGCCGGUGGCCGGGUGCCGUGAUACGUCCAGCUAUUGACAUUUAUGAAAAAUAGUCCGGGUGGUCUUCGGAGCCAUUCUCGGCGCCAAACAGAGACCCGGGUGUCAGCCGUGGUUUCGUGCCGUGGCCGGUGCCUUACGGUUGGAUUCGGACGGGUUUACGAGUUUCGUUAGAUAGCGGUUAAUGAGCCAGUGACCACCUACCUGACGGCGUUCGAACCGUAGGCAGACGGUGCGGCGAAUUAGGAAGCGGGAGCUGGAACCGCGCUUUGAUGCGUUGUUACGCAUCCGGGGCUUCCGGGACCCUGAUCCCUCCUUGUCUCUUGAAUAGCUACCCUUAGCUAAUAUGAACGUCGUCCGAUUUCGUCCCGUUUUGACCAUUUUAAUAUUUUUCGAGUUUCGAUUGUGUCCGGUUUUAACAGGUAUGCAUUCGAUUGCGUCCCAAUCGUAAAAUUGAGAAUUUCAAUUGCGUCCGGUAGAAUCCGAUUGCGUUUCAAACGACCGAGAAUACAAUCGAAAUUUCCGAUUUCGAAUGUAUCCGGCAUUCGGUCGUAUUAUUACUAUUAUUCUAACUACAAGGAUUAAUACUAUACUGCAUGAGGUACCUGUAAUAUUUUUAAUUUUAAUAAAUCAAUUUUGAUUUACAGACAGACAACUAAAACUAGUACCAAUAAAACACAGACCAAACUAUUACAAAAAACAAGAAUUUAUUGGUAAACAAAUAAACAAUUAUAAACAAAAUAUUAUAUCUCGUUUAUACUGUAUUAAAAGUAUGUCGCUUAAAGGCUUUUAACUUAAAUAAUUAAAUACCUUAACUAUAAUUGUAAAUUGUAAAACGCUGUAAUACGUACAGUUAAAAAUAGUAACUGUGCUAAUUAUAAUAAUUUUUACACUUAUAUCAAUGUACAUUUUUUUUUAAAAAUGUACUUUAAUAAUAAACAAUUUUUGUAAUGCUUAAUUAUUGUAUGACUAAUUGUAAUGAGUAAUGACUAAUAAAUAAUAAUAUUAUAUACGUACAUAUUUUUCUGAAAUGACGCUACACAUAAAAAAUCAAUUUGAUAUUUUGGAGUGUAAAGCGAUAAUAAUUAAACCGCACUCGUUUAGAGGUAAAUGUGCGUAUACCUACAAUCGCGUUCUGUCUGGUAUAGAAAUUCCCGAUUAUUCAUUUAGGUCACAAUCGAAUGCACAACUGUUAAAACCCGACGUAAUCGAAAUUCGAAAAUGUUAAAAAAAAGGUCAAAAGGGACGCAAACGAAAUUUUGCCGGACGCAAUAGUCAUACUCUAUUUUUCGUUUACCUGACUUUGGGACGCAAUCGACUGUAUCCGGAUAAUAUAAAGUACCCGGUUGUACCGUGCUUAGGCAUGAAUUAAAAAUCGGAUCCAACGUUAAUUCGUACAGUAGUGUCUACAUAUAUGUAUAGUAUUAUUAAUUAUAUUAUAUAUUUUAGUCUACUAAAACACGUAAGUACCCAAAUGAAAUUUAGACGAUUAUCAUUAUUGUAAAUGAACAAAUUAAAUAUAUUAAUUACAUCACACGGUCAAUACGUUCAUAUUCGUAUGACUCACAUUCAUUAUUCGAAAAAAAUUGUGUACUAUUUUCAAUAAGCGCUGUCGAUUAUUUUCAUUAGCGUAGGUAUAACGUGUAAUAUAAUUUGGGUACAUUAAUUUUUUUUAGAUUCUCGGAUCAUUAGGAAAUUCAAAUUGUUGAUUAAAUCCGUUGAAACACGAAUAAUUGUAAAUUAUUUCGCACACCCAUGUGACGAUAAAUACGUGCACUCCUGUUAAUAUUCAAAACUUCCGCUAGCCCGCUCAUCCACAAACACUCCCUUGUAUUAUAGAACACUAGAUCGUAUGGGAAAAUAUAACAUGAGUAGGCAAUUGAUUCUUAACCAAAAAAUACUUCUUAAUUAGUUUCUGGAAGAUUACGUGAACAACAGCAAUUAAUCUGCGUGUGUACAAUUUAUAUUAAACAAUUAAUAUUUAUUUAUUUAAGUUUUCUAUAUGGAGUACCUAUUUUUUGGUAUUUUAAUUAGUGUUUUAUAUUCGUGUGUAUAGAGUUUUGCCAGCGUUAUGUCGGAAGCCUCAAUCAUUACAAGAAUGGGUGUCAAUCUACUCAUACGGCAAACCAAAUCAAAACCGUUUAUCGAACAAACGGCUAAAGAAUUCAUGUUCGGUUACGAAAGUCCAAUAGUGACUUUGGGCAAUAAGUUCUUGCCGUCCUGGAUCAUGUUCGAUAAAUUAGGUCUUAUCGACAGGGUGAGUUUUAGAAUUUAUCAGUAUAUAAUGUAAAAAACGUUUGUUACAAUAGCCGCGGGCAAGAUUUGUACCCGAAAUAAAAAUAUCAUUGACAAUCAUUACGUAUACGAAAAUCAAUUAUUAUUAUUAUUAUGUUACGCGAGUUAUUAUAAUAAAUAUAGCUAUCGGGCAUAUGAGUUUUAAUGGUGGCCAUUCUUUCGAAAUUCAUCAUACAAAUUUGACAGUAUAAUAAUAAUUAUGAUGGCCGGCAAGUAACAUACGCAUAAUAAAGAACAAGUACACGUAUUAUUAUAGUAUACCGUUUAUGGGUAUAUCCUUUUUAUUUAAUAAUCCUAUAAACAUUUUAUAGGUAUUUUAAUUUCGUUUUUUUUUUUUUUUUUUUUUUUUGUUGUUUCACUUUAUAACUCUUAAAAAUAUAUACUCAUUUAUAUGGUAUAAAAACUUAUAUUUGGUAAAAUUGCUUUUCGCGUUUCUAUACCUGUAGGUAUACCUAUACUGUUAGAUACAUUAUAAUUAUAUCGUAUUUGCCCAAUAUGUUGCACGUACAUAAAUUAAGUGCGUAUAACAACAAAUUGAGUUGGAAUAUAUAUAUUUAUUACUUAAACAAUUAUUUAUAUUAUUUUAUUUUGAGUGGUAAACAUUGUACACGAUUUUCCGUUUGAAAUCGAAAUUUGACUAGGUUACAACAGCUAAUUUCCUUUUGAGGCGAGGGGAGGGAAUUUACGUAGACAAAUAAUUCAAUAAGCACCGGCGUAGCUUUAAGGAGAGGGCUAGAAGGCGAUUAGCCUCUAAAGAAACGUAUUUAUAACCCAUCCUAAAACCGUCACUAAGUAAUAGGUUAUUUUAACGGUCAGGAGAGGAAAAUGGGGCGAUUCACCAGUGGGAUCAAGCUCCGGUGACUUGAAAAUCCUACAGUUACGCCUGUGUCAACAAGUCAAAUGUAAUUUUUAUAGCACCUAUAAACUACAUUUGAAUUGUAAUAUUAUAAUAUAGUUCUUAAAAUAAAAAUAAAAUGUCAUUACAGAUGUACGAUUUUAAUGGAGAUACUGCAACAAUAUACACCGGUAAAAAUGAUAUAUCCAAAUCGGGAAUGAUCGAUAACUAUAAUACGAGACCGUAUCUUCCACAGUGGCCAUCGGAACCGUGCAACAAAGUGUCAGGCGCAUCGGACGGUACCAAGUUUCCGUCCAUGUUAACACCCGAUAGCACGCCAAUGUUCUUCAGAAAAUCCGUCUGCCGAGCAAUGCCAAUGGUACUUUUAUAUAAUUUUGUUAAAAUCUCCAAAAUCUGGAACAUUUUCUGGAACGCAUUUGACAUAUUAUAAUAACCUAAAGCCCUAAUAAUUAGCAUAGAAAACAAAAAUCAAUCAUUCGACUAUGAUAAAAUAAUUAUUUUAUUAUUCAGUUGAGUAGGUAAUAUUGAAAUAUCAAAACAACAAUAAUAAAUUACUCUUUUAAUUAUCUUAAUUUAGAGCUUUGAAAAAUGUAAAUAUACAUACCUAUAUAGUGUAUAAUAUUAUCAUAAUAUCGUUCACCAUAGUGUAAACCUUGUAAAAACUCGAUGGAUAAUAUAUUAUAUACGAACAAUUUAGGUGAGAGCGAGCAACUUAACACUGCUCGAUAGUCUGCCGGUGUACAAAUAUUUAUUCAAAAAUGGCACGCUGAAUAACGGAGAAGAUAACCCAGAAAAUCAAUGUUUUUGUCGUAAUAACAAAUGCUUGAAAUCGGGACUAAUUGACGUUACUGACUGUUAUUAUGGUAAAGCUAUUAAUAUAAUAAUCCAUUAUUUUACCGAAAAUAAUAAUAAUAUUGUACCGCAUAUUUGUUUACAAGUUAUGAUGUAUAUACCCAGUACUCGAAUUGGGGCGGAAGGGAGGGGGACGAAACUCCACCACUUGUUUUUUAGUCUCCCCUUACCGAUUGCUUUUGAUUGUGACGGUACGUCUCUUUUUGCAAAUAAUAAUAACUAUUUACGAUAUUAUCAACUAGGAUAUUAUAUUCAAUAGGCAGGCACUGUGAACAUUUUUUUUUUUUUUAGAAUUUAAAAUUAUAAAAUUAAACGUUUUGAAAAAAUCAGUAAUAUGUUCAGUCUUAAAAUAUUAUCAUUAUUAUUUUAUUGUACUCUUGCCCUGUGUGACAAUAAAAUAGAUAAAUAAUUUGACGAAAACCUAAACCUAUAUGAACAAGUAACGUAUUCUAUAAUAGUAUUAAUAAUUUUAGAUUCGGAACGGAGCGAGGAAUCGAUUGGUUUUACUAGGAUGUAAGUUUUGUUUUUAGAUUCUGAGUGAAGCGAGUGAUCUAUUGUUUUCACUAUGAUAUGCAUUUUCUUUUUCUGUCUGUAAACAACUUUUCUCCUAGAAAUCUUGCUCCAAUCAGAAUAUGACAGAGACCUUUUUUGUUAAAUUUUGCCUCUAGUUAAUACUUUAGAAAGUUUAUUUUUUUAAAUUCUCAUUAAUCAAUAUAAUAAGGAAAAACUGGUUCUUUAGAUUAAAAAAUAUUAAAAGAUUAAAAAUAAGGUUAUCAUUAGCGACCGUCUUUAUUUAUUUAUUUUUUUUUUUUGUUAUUAUUAAAUAUAAGAUUCUGAGCAGAAUGAGGAAUAUAUUGGUUUUACAAAAUUUAUUUAUUUAUUUCUGUAAACGACUUUACUACCAGAAAUUUCGUUCUGAUUUUCAAGUAGAGCACCUUUUCUAAAAAAAAAAAAAAAUUGACUAGAGUGGUAGUUUUUGAUUUUUCCAAUAGAUUUUCUUAAUAAAUAGAAAAAAAGGUAGGAAAAAGGGAAAAUUUACGAAAUGUAUUAUUUUCAAAUCAUAAAUAUUACGGUCUUUCAAAACAUGUAUAACCAAAAUCUGCUCAGAAUCAUUUUUCAUUGAAAAUGGUUUAUUGUUGCUUACAGAUAUAAAACAAAUAACUUUAACAAUUUAAUAACUUUAAACAACUUUGUAUCCAACCUUUCUGACUUCCUAGCUGCAACAGUGGCGUAUCUAUCAGCAGUAUCACCUUUUUUUUUUUUUAUGAUUAUGUUUGUAUUUUUAAAGAACUUUUCUACUACAAUAGGUAAUUAUGAUUGAGUACGGAGUGUGUGACGGGUUGUGUUAAAUUCAAUAAUUACAAGGACCGCUAAUUUUACUUUGAGUCUCAUAUAGUCCCAAAUUAUUUUAUUAUUCCAAUUCGAGCACUGUGUAUGCAUUAUACAUAUUGUACUUUUUCGUUAUAACAUUAUCUAUGCAAAUUUCUGAAUGUUCCGUACAUUUUUUUUUUUUGUAAAAAUAAUAUUAAUUUUUCAAUUUUAGGUUUUCCCAUCGCAUUAUCAUACCCUCAUUUCUACCAAGCUGAUCCAUCGAUAAUCGACUCCGUAGAAGGAAUGAACCCUGAUCAAAAAGUGCACGAAACCUAUUUUUUUGUCAACCCGGUAAGAUGACCUGUCGAAUGCUUAUUGUUACUAUUUGCUCGUGUUUACAAUACAAAUUAUGGUACUCUUAUUAAAAUAAUUAUCUAUGUGUACACAGCUUACGGGAUUGCCGGUAAAACUGUAUGUUAGAAUGCAAAUAAACCUUGCCCUGGGAGAUAUAUCGGGCAUAGCAAACACAGAGUAUUGCAGCAAUCAAGUUCUACCGCUGGUUUGGACAGAAAUUGUAAGUAUGGCAGGCGCUCUACGAAAUAAUUUAUAAGUGUAUGAUUAUAAGUUAUUGUAAAAACAUUCGGCGCUAUUAGUUUAAUCAAGAGGGGGUUGGAGGGGGUAGAUAAAGUUAUUAUAGAAUACGAGAGAUUUUUUUCAAAAUAAAAAUCCCAAAAACAAUUAGCAAGUCGUACCUGCACAUAAUACUAUUUUAAAAAACGCACAUAUUCCUCAUCAUCGUUAUGGAUUAUAGGUGAAAUUAGGAUAAAAUUAAAAUUAAUAUUGGGCUCGUUGGUCGGGCACGUCGUGAUAUUUCCAGGGGGCAAAGCACCCGUUACGUGUUAUACCAGACGAUUUAAAAUAUGCACAUGUAAUACAAAAAUUAAUUAUUACAAUCGUAUUUAAUUGUAAUUUUUUCAAAAAAAAAUCCGGUACAUAGAUAGUUGAUAAUAAGAUCUUGAAAAAUUGUCUGGUUAUUUUUUGUCUGUACUGACCGUGCCGAAUGUCACACGAUUUAGUACGGAUUUCAAACCGUUGGUGAACAGCGAGUAGUUAAUAUCUAUUUAUGCGCUGAACCGUUGAAUGUAUAAUGUUGUACAUAUAAUAACACGUUAUCAAAUCAACGGUAAAACGCACAAAUUGUUUUCCGGGCGUCAGGAAAGGCGUUGGGGUUCGUGACACCUACAUUAGGGCGCUCGUUACGUUUACCAAAACCCGGUGUCUACGGUGUGACAAUAAAAUCCCUUUACCCUGUAGAAACUCUUCGGGCAGUUUACCGACGACGCCCCGGCCGUUCACAAGCAAAGUCAAUCUUUAGAGGCCGCAAAUGCCGCGAGCGCGUCACGCGCGCCGCAGUGCACGAUAAUGAAUAAUAUUAUAACAGUUGUGUAAGAACGAAACGUAUUGCUCACGGUAUUAUUCGCCGUUACAGGGCUUCGAAAGAUUACCGGACCACAUGCUGACCAAGUUCUUCGUGUAUCUCCGGGUGGGACCGGUGCUGUUCACGGUACUGCAGUACGGGUUGCUGGUCGGCGGCGUUGCGUUCAUAGCGCUCACGGUAAUCACGUCGCUGUUCAUACCCGUGGACGACGAGUUACGGUACGCGAGCUCCUCGGCGUGGCGCCGGGAGAGCCAGACGCUGACCGGCCAACAAGCGCACGGGGCGCCCACGAUACGCGUCCCGGUGCCGGUGCCCGCCGCCAAGGAGAUGAACACGUACUACAGUUCGCUGCUGGACGUGGACGGUGACGGCCCCGGCGGCGCGGCGGCCGCCAAGCUGAACGGCGAACUGUGCAGCUGGCUGGAAGUGGUGCACGAGACGAGGGACAGCUGCACCGAGUCUGAAUUCGAAUACGACGACGACGACGACAACCAGCGAAUCGUUUGACCGAGACGUCGGAAUCGCGGGGCGCGAUCGUAGUUGUUUUUCGCAGGCGACUGUUUGCCGCGCAAGUGCGUCCUGCGCCUUGUGCGCGCGCGCGCGCGCGUGGCGAUCUCGGAGGGUUUUCGUGCCGGACGGACGUGAGGCCAGUCGAUCGUAACGCGCGCGAUCGUAAACAGUCGAAAACACACUUCAAACUUCCCAACUGCGGUCGCCGAACGCCGCCCCGCGAUCGCGCGUCUCACGAAAUUUGAUCUUCACCCGUGCCCAUAAUAAUAUAACACGAUAGAUAGGUUUCAUAAUUAUACGUAAAUGAUAGAUAGGUUAGAUUAGGUAUAACAUAUGCGCCGUUAUAAUUCGCACAUUUGCAACGGGAAUAACGUCCGGGUAAUUAUUGUAUUUUUUUUUUUUUUAUUUUUUUUUUUCCCGUCGCGUUCCGACGGCCGCGACACUGCACAAUGAUAGUUAUUCCUCAUUGUUUUUGUCGACUAACGUGUGUUUUUAAUAUAUUAUAUAUAUUAUUUAUAAAUUAUAACGUACGGUUUAUAUGCAAGUAUUACGUAAAUUUAUCUACGUCUAUUUAAGCGGAAUACAUAAGUAUUUUUUUUUUUUUUUUUUUUUUUAUUAUUAUUUUACAUCGUAAUGUGACAAUCUCUGUUUUUACCUUUUAAGCGUCACAAACCGAUCGCCACCACGCACGCACGCGCGCCACGAUUAUUGCGUUUAUUUAUUAAUUUAUUUAUUAUUAACGAUAUUAUUAAUUAGGUAUCUGCGUAACUGUUAGUUUUGUAAGCUCUUUGGUGAUGUUCGCGGUUCGUUGACAUAACGUAAACACAAUACGCGUAUAAUACAAUGUAUAGUUUUUUUCAAUUUUCAAUUUUUAUACUUCUAUAUUUUGAUUUUCAUUUCUAUACGUUUAUAACGUAUUAUUAUUAUACACUAUUAAACAGGAACUUGUUGAUAUUUUUAUUUUUUUAUUAUUUUUUUUUUUUUUCAUCGUCCCUCUUUUACCCCGCCUUCGUGUUAUCCUGUACGCGUGCGCGAUCAAUGCGAAACAACAAGGACCGUAUUAUCGUUUACGUUUGUAUCGAAAAAACACAAAAAUCUUAAACCUCUUUUUUUCUUUUUUUUUUUUAUCGGUCGGUUACCACAUAAUGUUGUCAUAACUGCAGCAUAGACGUUCAACAAUUAACAUCGCGGGUCACUGUUUUUUUUUUUUUUUUUCUAAUUAGCUCUAAACAAUUUUAACGAAACUUAAUAAAAAAAGAAGACCGAUGACUAAAAUGUACAAAUGUACGUUGUUCUGCGUACAUUAAAUACCGUUUUUAUGUGUUAGAUUUUUUAGCAAAUUAUAAUAUAAUACAAGAUAGUUUAUUUAAUAUUGCCCCGUAGUAGUUAAUUGGUAUCUAUGUGUCGGCGGUAAUGUAUGAAACACGUUAUUUUAUUAAAUGACUAGUUGUUCUAUACUACCCUUUAAUACGCUCGUUCACACAUGGCAUACACGGUCAUAUUAGUUAACGCGCAGAACACCGAUUGGGUUUUGCCGAUUUGUAUAAUUCAAACCAUCGUGUACUAAUAAUAAUAUAAUAAAUAAAAAAUUAUGUAAUAACGUUGAGACUCGAUAUUACCAUAUUUUUUUUUUUUUUUAAUAAUUUUUAUAACUCCAGUGUAUUGACAUUGCACAAAUCGGAAUAAUUGUUUUCAAAGCGAAUAUUAAUAUUUUACGCACGGAUGUAAUAAUAAUUCUACGUAUCGCAAUUUCUACCGAAUCGUUGUUGUCAGCUUAUAAAAUGUCUACUCAGUACGAAGUAUCUACGUAGAAUAACCAGUUGAAGUAUGCAUAGUAUUUUAUUCAUUCAGUACGUUAACUGAAAGUGUGCCAAUAAAUCUAUGAAAUCACUAGUUAUUUUAUAGAAUUACGGAAUUCCGUACAUUAACGCUGACAUGUGUGUAAUAUAUAUGUGUAUGUUGACAGAGUCGUGUGCUCAUAUAUUUAAAUUUUAAGGCUGUAUACCUA